AUGGGUAAAAUGAAGGCUGCGCGCACUACGCGCCGACACACACCCCUCUCCAAUGCUGGAACACGUUCUUCAAACCGCAUUGCUGCAAAGAAGGAGAUCAAGGGAACGAAGCAAGCUGGGUCGAGUCAGAAGAAAGUUCUAUCUGCUCCUCAUGAGCCUGGUUCUUCUCAGGAAACUAUCAAGAACUCGAGUGAUUCAUCCCAGCAACCCCCAUUCAGCGGCUUCAGCAGCUAUAACUCUAACGAGUAUGUUGAGCUUCCCACACUUGCGUCCAGACACUUACUCAAUACCACUAGCAGCCGCCACUCAGCUGGGCAGGUCGAGGGAACCCUGACUCUUGCUCACCAUAAUCCUCAGGUCCAUGGCACCGUUGUUACGUCCUCAGGUCCUUCCAAUAACACAGCUGGAUCAGACACACCCCAGCUGACAGCUGGUGACGUCGCUCUAGAAAUCUAUGGCAGCAGAAUAGUGAUUGAUAGCACCCUCGGUAAAAAGCUAGCCGGCGAAACAUCCCUACGACCCAUCCGGCAGCGUCGCUCUGACAUGGUUCUCAACAUGGAGCGCCGCAGCAAUGUCGAAGCCUUCUUGGCUCAUCUCACUGGAGUCCAGGUCAGCCGGUCUUGCAAGAAUUGCUCCAAAGGACACGGUCCUUGGUCUGAGUGUAUCAUCUAUGAUGGCCAGAUGUGUGGUAGCUGCACAAACUGCUGGUUCAAUGCCAGUGGUUCUCGAUGCACUUUUCACGAGAACAACCAAAACUCCAUCUAUGCCCCGGCACCAUUGUAUCACCCCCAAUCCGCGGGAAUGCCAACACAGCCUUUCCAAUACGCCCAGCUCAAUCCCCUGGCGCUUCCCCAAGGCAUCCUCCCCAUGAACCGAGAAGCUGCCGCGUCUGUCUACGUGGAACCUCAAAUGCGCAACCAGUUCGCUAUGAGCAUGAUCCAGUCAUUGGGACUCGGUUCCGGCAAAUAG